AUGGCAGAGCUACAGGAGCGCUUUGAUCAGCAACGAGCUGAAGACAUUGCGCAACGCCAACAAGAACGCGAACAAGACAUAGCGCAGCGCACAAAGGAUCAGGCCAAGAUCCAGGAACUGGGUUCCACCAUUCAGCGUAUGGAGCAGAUGCUAGCGCAAGCACUAUCAGCACCCGCUCCGCAACAGCAGCAAGAAGUAGAGGAACUACCACGGCGUGCAAGAGCUACUAUCAGCCCCUAUACGCGCGAGAGCACAUGCGAGCCUGCUGCAGAAACACCAGCUCGACUCCGCGUUGAAGACUUCCCAAAGUAUGAUGGAUCAUAUAAAGGCAAGCGUGAUGUGGACACAUGGCUUGAACAAGUCACAGCUAUCUAUGAGUUCUCUGGUCAAACAGAGAGUCAGCUACUGAAGCUUAUUCCGCGUCUGCUAGAGCACAGUGCACGUGAUUGGUUUGUCGGCCUGAAGGAUCAGCGGUAUGACUACCAUACGUGGGACGACUGGCAAGACGCCUUCCAAAACGCGUUCAGAGCACCCAACUACUUGGACCAGAUCCAUAUGGAGCUCUCCCGACGCCGUCUGCGUCCAGAUGAACCGUUCUCCACAUACUUUCAGGACAAGCUCAAUCUCAUCAACAAGCGCUAUAGUAAUGGGCUGAAGACGUCGAUGAAGAUCCAAGAGAUCAUCAUGGGUAUGCCAAUCAGCAUGCACCCGUUCAUCCACUCAUCCGUCAAUACCUCAACUACGCUGGAAGAGUUCCGAUGA